CACUGUAUUAAACGGGUAUUCGAGCGUAGAAUUAUUAUUUUUUUAAACACCACCGGGAGUUCCGGGUUGCGCCAGCGGACGUUAGCAUUAGCACGCUAGGAUAAUGUUGCUAACAAGACAAUCAAACAAACACUACUGUAGUUUAUUCCGCUAAACAUUAGGCAAAUAUAGCGCUAGAGAAUUUCCCUUCCUCCAGCGGCGCUGUAUUAGAGACAUUACGGUUUAUAGUCGUAGUAAAUGAUUCGCUCUAACAGUUCUCUAAAGUUAACCCUAAGUUACGUCAUGUGUGGUGUAUAAGCGCACGAGACAGGUGAUCUCUCAGCCCCAGGUAGUGAGUGCACUCAGGAGGGAACACCAGGCAGGUUUGGGACCCAGCCUGAGAGAGAGUUAGUUUUUUUUCCUGAUCAUGAAGCAGUUCCUCUGUGCUUCUCCUCCACAGCACUGUGCACCAGAGAGCCUCAGACAGUCUGAUGAUUAUCCCCAGAUGACCGACAUCAUCAUCAUCACCCCGUAUCUGGUCUGGUCGGGUCUGAUCUGAUCCGGUAACCUGUUCCUGUGACACGCCCGCCAGUCCAGGUUCUUAUCGUCUGUGCAGAAACUCUGCUCUUGGUGAGAUACCUGCUGGGUUCAAUAGUCGAGGCUCAUCAAUUCACCCACUUCCUGCCACGAGACCCCCAUCUAAUCUUAAGCCCUGAGUAACAGGGAAGGAAACAUUUCUCCAUCCCUCAGUCUGGUUCUCAGGCCCAGCAGUGAUAACACACAUCUCCUUAGCACGUCUGCAGAACUCCCGAUUCCACCCUGUCAAAGAUCUGCGCUGUGGUCGAGUCUUCUGGAGAACCGGGUUCCUGCUCUGAUGGCUCGCCCGUGCCUGAGGCAUUUCCUCGGAUUGUUUAUCCUAACUGUACAAAGUCAGGGCGUUAGAAAAGCCGAAGAUGCCACCAAACCCAACUUCAUACUCAUGAUGGUCGACGAUCUGGGGAUCGGCGAUAUCGGUUGCUAUGGGAACGAUACAAUCAGAACCCCGAACAUCGACAGGCUGGCGGAGGAAGGCGUGAAGCUGACUCAGCACAUUUCCGCCGCUCCUCUCUGCACGCCGAGCCGUGCUGCGUUCAUGACUGGACGUUACCCGCUGAGGUCAGGUUUGGGGAGUAAUGGACGAGCGCAGGUGAUCCUGUUCCUCGGUGCUUCAGGAGGGCUUCCUACCAACGCCACCACGUUUGCCAAACUCCUGCAAAAGCAGGGUUACACCACGGGAAUUGUGGGAAAGUGGCACUUGGGUAUGAGCUGCACGCGCAGAAACGAUCACUGCCACCAUCCCAACAGCCACGGGUUCGACUACUAUUACGGGAUUCCCUUCACCCUGGUUAACGACUGCAAACCCGGAGCCGGCGCGGACAUCCUGCUGGACGUUCAGAGGAAGCUGUGGCACGUUUUCACGCUGUUAGCACUGGCAGUGUUGACCCUAAUCACAGCUCGAAUCACAGGACUCCUGGACAUCGGCUCCCGGGUUCUAGUGUUCCUAGUCGUCGUUUACGUCCUCGGCUUUUUGACCUGGUACAUUCCAUUUGGGUUUCUACGAACCUGGAAUUGCAUCGUCAUGAGGAACCAGGAUGUAGUGGAACAACCGGUGAACCUGGACACGCUCUCUGAUAGGCUAAUGAAAGAGGCGGAGCAGUUUGUUGAGAGGAACCAGGACAGACCGUUUUUGCUGUUUCUGUCUCUGGCUCACGUGCACGUGCCGCUCUUCACCUCCAAACAGUUUGUAGGAAAAAGCCGGCACGGCCUUUACGGAGACAACGUGGAGGAGGUGGACUGGAUGAUUGGCAGAAUGGUGAAGCUGGUCGAGAAGCUGAAUCUCUCUGAAAGGACUCUCAUGUACUUCACGUCUGAUCACGGGGGAGACGUCUGGGUUUCAGAUUCACAAGGACACAUAGGAGGCUGGAACGGAAUUUAUCGAGGCGGUAAAAACGCGGCUGGCUGGGAAGGUGGCAUCCGUGUUCCAGGAAUAUUUCGCUGGACAAAUCGUCUCCCGGCCGGAAAAGUCGUUAACGAGCCGACGAGUCUGAUGGACAUUUUCCCCACGGUAGUGAGUCUGGCAGGAGGAGCGCUUCCUAACGACAGAAUCCUGGAUGGUCAUGACCUGCUGCCGCUUUUGGAGGGAAGAACAACGCAAUCGAAACACGAGUUCAUGUUUCACUACUGCGGUGUUAAUUUGCAUGCGGUCCGCUGGCAUCCCCCUGACAGUGACUCCGUCUUCAAAGUGCACUACUUCACUCCGAACUGCAGUAGCAAGCAGACAUGCCUCUGCCACGGCGAGGUCAACAUACGCCAGGAUCCGCCCCUCGUGUUCGAUUUGACCUCCGACCCCUCGGAGGCGGUGCCCUUGACGGCGGAGACGGAGGCCCGUCACGGCGAGGUGCUGCGGCGCGUGCGAGACGCCGUGCAGGAACACCGGCGGACGCUGACGCUCCCUGAGAACCAGCUGUCGUGGCCGAAGGUGCUGUGGAGGCCGUGGUUACAGCCGUGCUGCGGCGUCUUCCCCUUCUGCUCCUGCUCGGAGACCUAAAGGACUUAAGUGUAGCACAGUCUCCAUGUAGCUUUAAUAAACAUGACAUGACAUGCCGUUCCUUCAGA